UCAAAAGAUUUACUUUGAAGUGAUGUUCCUCUGAAAUAAAAAAUACAACCCGCCGCGCCGUCGCAGCACACAACUAUACAAAUUGGAAUCUGAUUCAUUUUCGCCAUCAUCCGCCGCCUCCCCCGGUGCUCAAAACCAGAUAGGUUUUAUACUAGUACGGAAGUACCUAAUCGAUACGUAAUAUAUGUAUCUAUAGCUAUAUAAUGCUGCUUUCGCGGCAAGUUGUGUUCUUGUUUAGAGGCUCAGCCCUCAGUCACCACAUUCCAUCAAAACACCGUUGGAUAUCCUCCACGUCACAUCUCAACUACUCAUGGAUGGACAAGGUCAAAGGCGUAUUCACCGGCCAAAAGACUGCUUCCGAUACGGCCACCCCUACCGCAGAGUCAUUCACCUUGCUCCGGUUCGCGGAGGAGUUGAGCAAAGCGAGGAAGAUGGGGACUUUGAAGCAAUAUAUAGUGGGGAGGAGUAGUGAGGCUACAUUUGCUGAUGCCUUCGAGAAGCAAGAGGCUAUUAUUAGAUACCUUGGGGGAUUCGAUCCUACUGGAGAGAACAUUCAGACCAGUCAAAAGCAAGAAGCAGCAAAACAAUGUAAUUGCACAAUAGCAGAUGUCGAAAAUGCUUUAGCAAAGUUUACCUGGGCAAAAGAAGCUCAGAGAAAAAUUGAAAAGUUAAAGGAAGAAGGCAAACCAAUGCCAAAGAGCUUGGCUGAGGUUCAGAAGUUGAUGGGAUCAACCCCCAUGGACGUUGCACGAUCAAACUUGGCCAAGAGUGGGAAAAUAAGUAGAAAUGCGCCUUGUCCCUGUGGUUCCAAAAAGUUAUACAAAAGGUGCUGUGGGAAGGACAAAAGCACUUGAAGGAGAAAUAUAAAGUAUUAAACUUAGCACAAAGCUUGGAGUACCGGGCACAGUUGAAGGGAGCCUCUAUCAUCACAUACUUUUUUAACCAGCAUGGAUCUUAACCUGUUCUUGUUGCGGCCAGUUACAGUUAAACUGACAUUUCCCACAUAAGAAAUUGCGACAGAACGAUUUUUAGCACAAACACGCACAUCAACUUGCCUCCUUUAUUUUAUUUUUUAUUUUUAUUUUUUUGGGGGAGGGGGGGUGCACAUUAAGUUGAUAAAGCUACAGGUUUUGCUCUUUGUAUCAUUAAAAGCUGUAUACUGAUACUUUUAAGUUGAUUAUAUGUUGUUGGAUGAUC